AUGAUUACCAUUACUUUAAAGGAUUGGUAUUAUAGACAAACAUCAUCAAAACCAAGUUUAUCAGAUAUUGAUAUCACACCUUGGUUUAAAUGUCGUAAUGAUACGUAUGGUAAUCAAAUACAUUUGGACCUUUUGAAUAAUGGUCAUAUUCCAGAUCCACUCAUUGAUGAUAAUGAAAAAAAAGUGCAAUGGGUAGGAAAUAGUGAUUGGGAAUAUAAAACUGAUUUUAAAGUGGAAAAUUAUGAUCCAAUGCAGUCUUAUCAUUUGGUAUUCGAAGGUUUAGAUACGUUUGCUACAAUCACUUUAAAUAAGGUGGAGUUGAUAUCUACUGAUAAUCUGUUUAGAACGUAUACCGUUGAUGUUACCCAUUCUAUUAAAGCUGAAGAUAAUGAUUUACGCAUUUUAUUUAAAAGCAAUCUAAAGAUAGCUAGAAAAAUUGAACAUGAUCAUGGUAAAUAUGCUUGUUGGAAUGGUGAAACUUCAAGACUUCAUGUUAGAAAACCUCAAUACCAUUUUGGUUGGGAUUGGGGUCCAUUGUUAUUGACUUGUGGACCUUGGAAACCAGUCAAGUUGGUUUCUGGUAUUUUAGUAAAUGAUUUCUUUAUUGGAUAUAGUCUAAGUGAGUUUUUGAAUAUGGCUGAAAUAACUAUUGAGAUUGAUUUAAAAUUGUCUGCUAGUUUAUCACCUAAUUCAUUAGUUGUAAAAGUUCACGAUUCUGAUAAUAAUCUAAUUGACAAUAUUGUAACUCACACAGUGAAGUCCAAAACUAAAAUCCACUACAGUAUCAAAACUCCUCAAUUAUGGUAUCCAAGAUAUCAUGGAAAUCAAGAUCAAUAUAAAUUUGAAUUAUUUGUAGAUGAGGAAAAGUUAGAUGAAAAAUUAGUUGGGUUUAGAAAAGUUGAAUUAAUUCAAGAUAAAGAUGACACUGGCAAGUCAUUUUAUUUCAAAAUCAAUGAUAUCCCAGUCUUCAUAAUGGGCUCAAAUUGGAUUCCUGCUCAUUCAUUUACGUCUGCUUUAACUUGCAACGAUUAUGAAGAAUGGAUGAAUCUUUUAGUUAAGGGAAAUCAAAACCUAAUUAGAAUUUGGGGUGGUGGUAUCUAUGAACAUGAAGAUUUAUACAAAAUUUGUGAUUCUAAGGGAAUCUUGAUUUGGCAUGACUUAAUGUUUGCCUGUGGAUUGUAUCCAGCUUAUCAUUCCUUUGUAGAUAAUGUUAAGCAAGAAAUUGAAGAUCAAUUAAAGAGGUUGAGAAAAUUCAGUUCAAUCAUAAUUAUAGCAGGUAAUAAUGAAGACUAUCAAGUUGCUGAAUCUCUAAAGAUUAAACAUGAUCACUCUGACUUUAGAAAGUUCCCAGCUCGAAUUCUUUAUGAAGACGUCUUUCCUCAUUUAGUUAAAACCCUAACUAAUGGUAUCCCAUAUCAACGUGGAUCACCUUAUUCAGGACUCAAUCAUAUAAGUUCUGAUCCGACUAGGGGAGAUCUUCAUCAAUGGAAUGUAUGGCAUGGAUCUCAAGAACCAUAUCAAGAUUGGGAUAAAUUAAGUGGUAGAUUUGUAUCAGAAUUUGGAAUGUUAGCAUUACCAAAUUUUAAAACUUUAGAUAAAGCCUUAAGUGAUAAAUCCCAAUUAUUUCCUCAGUCUUAUUUAAUGGAUCAUCAUAAUAAAUCGGCCGGUUUUGAAAGAAGAUUAGCUCUAUAUGUUAUGGAAAACUUUGCCUUGCCAGUUAAUUUCAAUCUUAAAAAUUGGAUCUAUAUUACCCAAUUAAUGCAACUGGAUUGCCUUACAUUGGCUUAUAGGUAUUGGCGAAGACAAUGGCAAGACUUUAAAUGUGGUGGCGCUAUAGUCUGGCAAUUGAAUGAUUGUUGGCCAGUUACUAGUUGGUCCAUUAUUGAUUUUAACAAGAUUCCAAAAUUAGCAUAUUAUGGAAUUAAACGUGAAUGUUCAUUAGAGGGAAUUGGAUGUUAUAGGAACUUACAAAGAGUCGGCGAUCCGGAUGAACCAGAAGAUUUAUCAAAGCAAACUCCAUUGCACGAUUAUGUUAAGGAGUAUAAAACUUCACUUGACAUUUGGGGGUUCAGUAAUAAGUCACAUGAAGGUUUAAGUUUAGAAGUUUAUUUGUAUGAUACCAAAGGAAAUGCAAAAUCUAAUUUAAAAUUUGACGAUAUCAAGCUUUUAGGUAAUAAUUGCACCCAAAGUUUAUUGGAUAAGCUUAUUGAUAUUAACCUUAAAAAUGACACAAUUAUCCAAAUCUUAUUAAAGAAUAAUAAGGGAGAAAUAAUUGGUAGAACCAAUGAUUGGUGUAAACCGAUCAAAUAUUUGGUGUGGAAUGAUUGGUAUAAAGAUUUAGACCUAAAUUAUGAGUUAGUAGUCGACGGUAAGAUUAAGCUCACCACUAAUAAACCAAUCAAAUGUUUGGAGAUCUACUUUGAAAAUAACUCUAAUGAAGCAAUCGCCAAUGUCUACGAAUUUUCCGAUAAUGGGUUUGAUCUUUUCCCUAAUGAUGAACGAAUAAUUGAAAUUAAAGGUUUAAAUGAAAGCUUGCUUCAAUUUAUUAAGUUUAAUCACUUAUAG